AUGAACUACAUGGUGAAGAAAUGAGUGUAAAUAUGGUGCAUCUUUAUUUAAUUUUUAACAUUUUUGUAUUUGCUCUCAUUGCCGUUGAGGCAACAAAUGAUAAUAUAACGAAAAAUAGGCGAAUUUUACUUGAUGACAAUUAUUACACAAUAAUUUCACGACUUAACGCAGUUGAAAAAGACAACAUGAAUAUGAAGCAGAACUUAUCGGCAAUGGGGCAACAAGAGUCUGCGUUACUGAAGAUUGUUACUGAUCUGCAACAAACCGUUUCAACGCUUCAGGAAGAAAAUGCUUCCUUGAGAAACAAACUAUUGACGCCCCAAGUAACGUUUAUGGCGUACCUGACGUCUUCUAUCUCCGGUAAUGACCACCAUAUCUACUUCGACGACGUCAAACUUAACCUCGGGAACGCUUAUAACCCCCACCAUGGCAUGUUCGUCGCUCCUUUCAAUGGCACCUACCAAAUCCAAGUGGCUGCCUGCUCCACGAGGCUACAUUUCAUCGUAUUGGAGUGUGUUGUCAACACUGAUAUUGUAGGAAAAGUGUUGGCAGGCGACGGCGAAACCGCGAAUUGCAAUUUGAACUCGUUCUUCCUUCAGUUAAGACAAGGCGACGACGUUUACGUGAGGCAUGUUUCAACUGGCGAUUAUCUCUACGCUUAUAGCCCAUAUGAAAAUCCAUCUUUUUCUGGAACAUUGUUGCACAUGAACUAACUAUUCGAAGGUUUAAAGUAUGCUUCCUCUCCACUACCUGGAUUAUGUUGA